GCGCGCCCGCAUGGGCGCGCGCUCGCUCAGUAGCUUGGGUUGUGUCCGAUUCUUGGCGACCCCAUGGAUUGUAGCCCUCCAGGCUCCUCUGUCCAUGGAAUUUUCCGCAAGAAUAUUGGAGCGGGUUGCCAUUUCCUUCUCUUGGGGAUCUUUGCCACCCAAGGAUCCAACCAAUGCUUCUUGCACCUACUGCAUUGGCAGGCAGAUUCUUUACCACUGCGCCACCUGAGUGACCACUGUCUUGAAAGCGCACGGGUGAGGGGCUGGUUGAUCCAGAGCCCCUGUUUGAGUUUCCUGAGACAUACAGCAAAUUCCCGUUGGCUCUCUAUUUUAAACACGAUCUCUGCCCCUUUCCCAGAAGAGCCAGAAAUGACUAAGUCCCUGGGAUCAGUGUCUUUCAAAGAUCUAUCUGUAGACUUCAGCAGGGAGGAGUGGCAACAAUUGGACCUUGCUCAGAAAAGUCUGUACAGGGAUGUAAUGCUGGAAAACUAUUUCAACUUGAUCUCAGUGGGAUGUCAAGUUCCCAAACCAGAAGUCAUUUUCAACUUGGAGUGGGGAGAAGAACCAUUUAUGUGGAAUGACAAAACCUCAAGCCAGAGCUGUCUAGAUCAGGAUAUUGGUUUUGGAACAUCACAACAGGGAAUAUCUGAAGAUGUUUCAGUCUGGUUUGAGGGAAUACGUGUCUUCCCAAGAGAUGACCUAUAUUCCAUUUUAGAAGAAUUUUGGCAAGAUGAUAAACAGACAAGAAGAGAAAAGGAAAACCAGAACAAACAUUUAAGUCCUAUCAUCUUCACCAACAAGGAUAUACUAGCUAAUAAGGGGAACUGUGACUAUAAUAAAGACAUUGGGAAAAAAUUUCAUGUAAACACAAACCUUGUUCCUUCAAGAAAAAGACUCCAUAACUGUAACUCAUUUCAAAAGAGUUUGAAGCCUAUUGUAAGCUUAUGUAAUUGUAAUAGAAACAGUGCAACAGAAAAUUUUGAUAAGAUUAUUGGAUAUGUUAAUACUUUUAUGAAUUCUCAUACAGAAAUGAAUGCUUGUGAAUAUAAUCAAUGUAAGAAACUUCUGAGUAAGCAAGCUCUCAUUCAGCAUCAAAAACAUCAUGCUGGGGAGGACUUCCAUUUAUUCUCUGAUUGUGUAAAACUCUCCACCCAUAAGACACACCUUUUUGCACAUCAAAGGAUUUAUACUGGAGAGAAACAUCAUGAGUGCACCAAAUGUGAGAUGAUCUUCACUCAGAAGUCCCAAUUUGCUGUGCCUCAUGUUUAUACAAAAGAAAAACCCUACAUAGGCACUGAAUCUGGGAAGAAAUUUUCCAACUCAAACCAUGAGAAAACUCCUCAUACUGAGGAGACUGAUUAUAAAUGCAGUGCACAUGGAAAAGCCUUUAUCAAGAAGUUAGAUCUGUUCAGACUCCAGAGAAUUCCUACUGGAGGAAAAAACCCCUAUGAUUACAGUGAAUGUGGAAAAAAUGUCUCUAACAAUUCAAAUCUCAGUAUACACAAAAAAGCUCAUACUGGCAAGAAGCACUUUGAAUGUAUCGAGUGUGGAAAAUCUUUCACAAGAAAAUCAACACUAAGUAUGCAUCAGAAAAUUCACACAGGAGAAAAACCAUAUGUAUGUACUGAAUGUGGGAAAGCCUUUAUCCGAAAGUCACAUUUUAUUACACAUGAGAGAAUUCAUACUGGAGAGAAACCUUAUGAAUGCAAUGACUGUGGGAAGUCCUUUAUAAAGAAGUCACAACUCCAUGUGCAUCAGCGAAUUCACACAGGGGAGAAUCCCUUCAUAUGUUCAGAAUGUGGGAAGAUCUUCACUCACAGGACAAAUCUCAUUAUACACCAGAAAAUUCAUACUGGUGAGAGACCCUAUAUAUGUACUGAAUGUGGAAAGGCCUUUACUGACAGGUCAAAUCUCAUUAAACAUCAAAAAAUUCAUACUGGAGAGAAACCUUAUAAAUGCAGUGACUGUGGGAAAUCAUUCACCUGGAAGUCACGGCUCAGGAUACAUCAGAAAUGUCACACUGGAGAGAGACAUUAUGAAUGCAAUGAAUGUGGGAAAGCAUUUAUUCAGAAGUCAACACUGAGUAUGCACCAGAGAAUUCAUAAAGGAGAAAAACCCUAUGUUUGCACUGAAUGUGGGAAGGCCUUCUUCCACAAGUCACAUUUUAUUACACAUGAGAGAAUUCAUACUGGAGAGAAACCUUACGAAUGCAGUGACUGUGGGAAAUCUUUCACAAAGAAGUCACAACUUCAUGUACAUCAGCAAAUUCACACAGGAGAGAAACCUUACAGAUGUGCUGAAUGUGGAAAGGCUUUCACGGACAGAUCAAAUCUCUUUACACACCAGAAAAUUCAUACUGGCGAGAAACCCUAUAAAUGUGAUGACUGUGGAAAAGCCUUCACUCGAAAGUCAGGCCUCCAUAUACAUCAGCAGUCUCAUACUGGAGAAAGACAUUAUGAGUGUAGUGAAUGUGGGAAAGCCUUUGCACGAAAAUCAACACUCAUUAUGCAUCAGAGAAUUCAUACAGGAGAGAAACCUUAUAUUUGUACUGAAUGUGGGAAGUCAUUCAUCCAGAAGUCACAUUUAAAUCGACAUAGGAGAAUUCAUACUGGAGAGAAACCUUAUAAAUGCAGUGAUUGUGGGAAGGGCUUUAUUAAGAAGUCACAACUCCUUGAACAUCACCGAAUUCACACAGGAGAGAAACCUUAUAUGUGUACUGAAUGUGGAAAGGCCUUCUCCAUCAGAUCAAAUCUUAUUAAACACCAGAAAAUUCAUACUAAACAGAAACCUUAUAAAUCUAGUGACUUUAGGAAAGACUUUAAUUGGAAAAUACAAUUCAGUGUACAUCAGAAAUCUAAUACUGAGGGAGUAGAAUGCCCGGUGCCACAAUCAUGGGGUAGGGAUACAAAGUUGUGAGGAUAUAUAGCUUGACUAAAAAGCAAGAGGUAACCAAAGUAAAUUUUCCUCUAUCUAGUCAGAAGUAUGAAUAUCUGGAUCUCAUAGCUUAUGUCCAGUUUUAUACGUAUGGGCAGACACUUUGGAGAAAGUGUUUAAGCAGUGAUUAAUGGCAUGCUUGUUUACUUGACAGAUACUGGGAUUUUUAAGCACCUGCAACUAAUAGUACAUGUGCAAGGAGAUGACUUGGCAAUAGUUCUUAUUUCACGUUUUGGAUAAGCAGCUUUAUAAAUCAGGGCUGUUGAGUUGUUCAUGCCCUAUAUAGCAAAAAUAUUCAAUGUUGACCAAAGGAAUUUCUUGAGUAGAUUUCCAAGAAAAUUUUUCAUUGUCCAAGCACUCUAUGGACACUGAAAUCAAGGCAACAGUAUAGACAAUUCAGAUGUAUAAUAAAAAGAAUCUAGAAGUUUUUGUGAAAAUUGACAUUAAAGAUACAAAGAUGGA